AUGAAAAAUUAGCAUUAAUAAGAGGAAGGUGUGACCCCUACAAAUAAAAAUAAAUAUACUUCUCAUCGACUCAGAGAUAUUGAAUUAAACCAAUCAAAUAAUUAUGAUAAGUACAAACAAAACGACUUUAGAGGAAAUUAUCAGUUUAAUUAGCAGGACUCCUAUCAAAAUUAUGAUAAUAUAUUAGGCAGAAAUGACUCAAGUCGACUUGAUGAUGAGUCGAUGCAAAUAAGCGGAUUAGAAUCGUCAGAAUCUCCAAUUCAGGACAAUCUGGAUUUGUCAAGCUCUCGUGGCUAUAGAUAUAAGAGUUACAAGACUAGAAGAAUGAAUACUUAAAUCGAAAAUUAAUUGAAUUCUACAUAAGAUAGAGAAGCCUUUUCCAAAGCAUACGUUUAGAUAAAAAACCAGGAGUUGAAAAUAAAAUAACUCAAAAUUGAUUUAAGAGAUUUGCAUUAGAGACUUAAAAGAUCUGAGUAAAUCAAGGAAAAGUCUUUGCUCGAGUUGGAAAGAAUUGAAAAUGAAAAUCAGCAUAUUCAGGAUGAAAACAAAGAACUCAAGGGUAUAUACCAAACCCAGGAUGCUGAGAUUAAGUUUCUAAGACAACAGAAUGGAAGGUUAAAAUAAGUUUUGAAAGACAAAGCGAUGGAGCAAAAGGAUUUUCUUCUAGGGAUAGAUGAAAGCUUGAUUGAUAAUUUAGACGAUAGUUAUUCUACUUAGCAAACUUAUGCUAGCAAGGAUCAUCAAUCUGGAAGAAACAACAAUAAUAAUUAUCAGCAUCAAAAUACAAACUAUAAUAAUAAUAUAACGAAUGGUUUCAAAUAAGUUCAGAACUAUCAGGAGAUGAGUCCAGGAAAACAAAGAAGUGAUUCUCUAUUUAACAGCGAUAAGACACAACUUGAUGAUAUCAAAAGAACUCUUGACUAGCUUACCAGAUAAGCUAGCCAAACUAAUAAUAAUGCAGAUCACAAAAAUGAUUAGAUGACAAUAAAAUCUGCUUAAGAAAUAGCAGUGCUUAAAUCAUAAGUUAUUCUCCUUGAACAGAAUAAUUAGCAACUCAAAUAAUCAAAUACUUUCUCAACAGAAUCUUAUCAGAAAUUAAGGUAAGAUUAUGAGCACAUCAAGGAAAAAUACAUUUAGCUUAAAGAUAACUUUUCAAUCGUUUAAGAGACAAAGGAUAGAUUAGAAUCUAAAAACGAAUAAUUGCAAAAUCAGCUGAAUUAACUUCAGAAAGAAAGAGAUAGCUAUCAGUAUGGUACUAAUAAUUAAUCAAGCGGUAUAAAAAAUUAAUAAUAAUCAGAAUCACUUUAAAGACAGACUGUAUAAAAAUCUAAAUUUGCCCAGAUAUCACCUUCUCCGCUAUAGGAUAAUUCAAAUAAUGAUAAUAGCCAGUAUUUUAUGUAAAGCUCUACUAACUUUGAAUAAGUACCUCCUUAGUAAUCCCUAUUUGAUGAGUUAUAAAACAUGAAUGGAGAUAGUAUCAUGAAUAUGAGUAAUAUCAAUAAAAGUAAGAUGUAGAAUACAACAGUUAAUACAAAUAUGAAUAAUGUAACAAGAAACAAUGAAGGCUAAAAAACUUCUUAAAUGCAAGAAAGUACAAUUAGCAAACUUAUGUAAAUAUAAAGUGAAAUAACUAAGAUUAAGGAUCUAAAACUUGAAUAAGCUAAUAGUUAGAAUUCUGGAAAUAAAACCGAAGAAAAUGACAUUGCAGUUAAAAAUAACAUGCUGCUUAACAUGAUAUUGACAAAAUUAAAUGAGGCCUAACAGAUAAAUUCUGCUAAUACAUAAAACUAGCAUUAAUCUUAAUAAAAUAAUUCAGAAAAAAAUUAAGAUAGUGCUCACAAGAAGUAAAGUUCAAGUCUUUCUAAUGGAAAUGAUACAAAUCCAUCAAAUAACGGUUAAGAUUCAACUAAAAAUCAUGGACAGUCGUAGGAUAGCUCUAGAAAAUCUAAUAGACUAAGUGGCUCAACUAAUAACAAUCCUAACUAAACUACAAUCCUAGAUGUUACUGGUUCAAUAUUUCCUUGUAUAGGAAAACCUCUUCAUAAAGCCAAUUAAUAAGACCAUAAUAUAGGAAUGAAUCCGAGUAAACAACUAUUUGGAUAAAAUGGAAUAAUGCAUACAUCUAAGAUAAUGCAUGCAGGUAAUGCUCCCUCUGAAGAUCCUUCUUUCAUUGAUGACUAUAAUAUGAUUAUUGAGUAGACCUCUAAUAGAAGAAAGAUAGACAUGGGAAAGGAUGAGUAAAAUUAUCUUGAACCUAUCGAUGAAGAUGAAAAUGAUGGUCUAAAUAUAUCUCACCUAAGUUUGCAAUCAUAUACACAUGAAAGUGUUUAAACCAGAUAAGAUCGCAAAGAGUAAUUUUUCAAAGAACAUUAUAAAAAGAUUGAUGGAUAUGAAUCAAAGAGUACAAAAUGCUCAUAAGAUAGUGGAGCACUUAGAUCUAAUUUAUUCUUAAAUAGAAAUUUCGGCUAAAAAAGUAGAAACAGUCUUUAAUCAAACCAUGUAAAAUCAUAACCUAAUCUUUAGAAUGUUUUCGAGUCAUAGCAAUAAUAAAACACCUAAUUUAACUAACUAUUCUCUAAUGUUUAUAAUCAACCUCCCAGAGGAGGAAGCAGACAUUUACAAACUCAUGAAUAAAAGAAAUCAGUCAAAGACACUAACUCUUAAUCAAGAAAUUCCUCAUAAAGAUCUGUAAAUACAACUUUGUUGUUAAGAUAGUCAUUAAUUGGAAACUAUUUGUUAAAUUAUUAGGCUACCAUGGGUUACGGGGUUUAAAAUAACAAUUGA